AUGACGGUGAUGGCGUUGUCUCUCGUCAUCUUGUCCUUGGUCAUGUCUGCAGCGACGACCCAGGCAUCGACGCGACACGAAGCUCUCCGCGGCCAUCAGAUCUGGCAGCUGUCGGGCGACAUCGGCGCCGUGCCCCUAGAUCUCAUGCAGAAGGGUCUGCUCGACGUCCUGGACCAUUCGAGGAUCUCCGGGAAAGUCCGCGUCCCCUUCCAGUCCCUUGAGGAAGCUCGGAGGAUCCUGCAGGAGAGAGGCGUAGCAUACGAGAUCUUGAUUGAGGACUUGGCCACAUUCUUAGAGGUAAAUCCUAAUGAAACUGGUGUGAGUAACAUCCACACAGGAUUAGGAGACACUGAAUUUAACGCUUGCCUCCCUUUAGCAAAUGGAUUUCCAAAAAAGGACCAAGAGCGUCGAACUAAAGAGUCAGCGAAGACGGAAUGCUGUGAUCCGAACGCAUGCCCGAGGCCCUUCACUGACAGCUACAUGACCUUCGAACAAAUGGAAUGGUUCCUCAAACUGUGCGAGAGCAGCCCCCGCGCCACCCUCGCCUCCAUCGGGAAGACGUCCGAGAUGAGAGACAUCUGGAUGGUGCACCUCCGCCCCCCCCACCCCGAGGAGACAGCCGGUGCCGUCUGGGUCGAGGCAGGUAUACACGCCCGAGAGUGGAUUUCCUCCGCAGUGACUUUGCACCUCCUGGUAAAGCUCCUACAGGAUGGCGGCGACAUCGGCAACUUCGACGCGCAUGUGGUCCCGAUGGCCAAUCCCGACGGUUAUGAGUACAGUCGCAUGUACAACCGGUUCUGGCGCAAGAACCGCCGCAAGACGACCAAGGCUUACUGUUUGGGCGUCGACCUCAACCGCAAUUGGAACUUCCACUACGGCACGGGCGCUCCGGACUUGGAAUGCAGUGAGGUUUUCAAGGGUACCGAGUCCUUCUCCGAGCCAGAGACGAAGGCCCUGCGAGAUGCUAUGACGAGAGUGAAGGACUGGUUAAAGUUGGUCCUGUGCCUCCACAGCUACGGCCAGCGGCUACUCUACCCGUGGGGCUAUUCCAAGAACGACGAAGCACCUCACACCGAUGAUUUGGUGAGGGUAGGCAAAAAGUUCGUGGAGGCAGCACAAAACUGCUGCAACACAUCCUACACUGUGUCAAAUGUCGCAGCAGAUUUGUACGUCGCCUCAGGCACCACGCAAGACUGGUCUAAGGGAGUCCUGGGAGUCAAAUACACGUACACAAUUGAACUUCGAGACAAAGGAGAAUAUGGGUUCCUCCUUGGUCCGAAUAACAUUCUUCCUUGCAGCGAGGAGGUGUGGACAGGUUUCCAGGCCCUCAUGAAGAAGAUUCUUUAG